CUCCCCUCGAAUCUCCACCUCGAAGAAACCAAUGUCAUCUAUACCCGUCUCCAAGCCUUCGCAACCGACGGACAAUAUGAGGAAACGCGGCAGGUCGCCGAGUAUCUCGUCCGGACCAGGCGGGAGCAGCCAAACUUGCAGCUCUACCGCGCUCUGAUCCUGAGUAACAUUGAUUCUAAAAAAGGCGCAGCCUGGCGAGUGAGCGAAUACCUCGACGAGAUGGCUGCCGAAGGGCUGCAAAUGGAUGUGGGGAUCUGUCACGCCGUGUUGAAAGUGGUAGCUGUGCACUUGGACCACUUGUUGAGGGAAGAUGUAUUGGACUAUAUGACGAAGAGAUGGUACAACCUCACGGUGGAUGGGGCGCACGAUGUCGCAGCGGGAUAUUUUCGCGAAGGCAGAUUUGAGCAAGCACUCCUGCAAAUGGGCAAGAUGAGGAAGGACGGCGUGCCGAUAGACAGGUGGCUGUGGGACAUGUCGCUCUUCACUCUGUGCGACGCUGGGGAAAUCGAAGAGGCGUACAGGACUGUGCGAACACGAUGGGACUCUCCACACGAGACGAGGAUUGGAACAGGAGUCUGGUGGUUCCUCCUCGACAAAGCGAGUGAAGCGAGACACUACGACGGCACAAGUCUAGCAUGGCAGACCCAUGUGAAGCCAGGAUACAUGAACCCGUCCUCGGGAAUGUGCCUCAACGUCCUGGCGACAGCAGCACACGCAGGAGACGCUGCUCUUGCAACAGAAGUCUUCUCCCACCUGAGCAAACGUGGCACUGCUUUCCAGCCAAUUCACUACGAACUCCUCAUCUCCGCCUACCUCGCCGCGGAUCCGCCAGACGUAACCCGUGCCUUGAGCAUCCUCACCAUCAUGCCGCUCGAAAAGCUCGAGCCGACUUUAGCAGAGACCCGCUCGCUCUUCUCUUACCUCAAAGACAAACCCGCCCUCGUUGGGCAGCUGUUCAACCACCUGCGAAGUCUACACGCACAGAAUCGCAAGAUUCCCAUCGCUGUGUUGAACCUGCUGAUCGAAUGCUACGUCGAACAACGAAAUCUCCAAGAAGCACUGAAGAUUUACAAAGUGAUUCACACAUUCGCACCGAUGGAGCAAGGCGCGCAAAAGAGCUACGCCAACAUCGAGACCUUCAACAUGCUGUUCAAGGCGUGUCGCACGACCAGUCCACCGGACGAGAAGCAAGCGAGCUUCUUGGUGUCCGAACUCCUCGCACUGCGCAUCGUUCCGACUGCAUUGACGUAUGAUCGACUCAUCCUCGUG